CAUCAGCCUUGUUCCCGAUGACACGAGAAUGAAAACGAUACAGUCGCACGUCACGCAUCCAGAGCCGUUUCAUGCAGGCGCUGUAGGAUGUGCGUGAACACCGACGCGCUUGUUAGGAGGGAAACUGUUUUAUUACAGAAAACCAACACAUCUCCGUGCAAAAGAAGCUCGCGAGACAGUGGGAGAGAGAGAAACGUAAAUGCGGGUUAAAAUGUAAGAGGAUUUAAUCCUCUAGCACAGAACAUAUUAAAGCAGUGGACGUGAAAGUGUGCAGCGCAAAUACAAAUGGGCGGGUGGGUCUGUAGAGCAGCGCUCGCACCACCUUCCAUUCUAAAAUAACGUCGCCCUGGCAUGAAGUCACCGCCUAGUUAACACGCGCUCUACCCAGGGACGCGUCGCGGGAGUCUGGAAAGCAAAGCGAUAUUCGCCCACAACAUCACCAUGCUCGGUCUGUGCUCUCGAGCUUUCGCAGGCUGAUUAACAACUGGGGACACUUUCGCUCGGAACGCCAAUGAAUGGUGCGCGAGACCUGCGCAAACUCAGCAUCGUCAGCAGCCGCUUCUUGAGCCUCGAGCUAGAAUCCGGCACAUCUCGAGACCUUUGAGGAUUUGCUCGUCGUACCAGCACAGGGAAGGUGCCGAUAAAAGUUUGCGGACACAGCGCGGUCGGACAGCAUCGGCGCCGAGCUUCAGGAGCGAUGUGGGCACGUGCCGGGGCCGCUGCCUUGAUAUGGGCAUGGGUACUGAUGGCCAACGUCUUGGGCGCCAGCAAAAGCUCUAGCCAGAAUGGGUCUGGAGAACCAAAGGACAACACCACAGUGUUCACACGGAUCCUGGACAGCCUCCUUGAUGGUUACGACAACCGCCUGAGACCAGGCCUGGGAGAGCGUGUAACGGAAGUCAAGACAGACAUUUUCGUGACAAGCAUUGGCCCUGUGUCAGAUCAUGACAUGGAGUACACCAUCGACGUGUUCUUCAGACAGAGCUGGAAGGACGAACGUCUGAAGUUUAAAGGUCCCAUGGCGGUUCUCCGCCUCAACAACCUGAUGGCCAGUAAGAUCUGGACGCCAGACACGUUUUUCCACAACGGAAAAAAGUCUGUGGCACACAACAUGACCAUGCCCAACAAGCUGCUCCGCAUCACAGAGGAGGGCACACUGCUCUACACCAUGAGGCUGACAGUUCGAGCUGAAUGCCCCAUGCACUUAGAGGACUUCCCCAUGGACGCCCACGCCUGCCCCCUCAAGUUUGGCAGCUAUGCCUACACCCGGGCCGAGGUCGUCUACGUGUGGACGAGGGGGGCAGCCCAGUCUGUGGUUGUGGCUGAAGAUGGAUCUCGCCUGAACCAGUAUGACCUGAUGGGACAGGCAGUGGACUCAGGCGUGGUGCAGUCCAGCACGGGAGAGUACGUUGUUAUGACGACACACUUUCACCUGAAGAGGAAGAUUGGAUACUUCGUCAUUCAGACGUAUCUUCCAUGCAUCAUGACGGUCAUCUUGUCCCAGGUUUCCUUCUGGCUCAACAGAGAGUCUGUCCCUGCCAGAACUGUCUUUGGAGUGACGACUGUGCUGACGAUGACUACCCUGAGUAUCAGCGCCAGAAACUCCCUGCCGAAGGUGGCCUACGCCACGGCCAUGGACUGGUUCAUCGCUGUCUGCUACGCCUUUGUCUUCUCCGCCCUCAUCGAGUUCGCCACAGUCAACUACUUCACCAAAAGGGGCUACGCCUGGGAUGGCAAGAGCGUGGUGCCUGAGAAGCAAAAGAAGAAAAAAGAAUCACUGCUGAAGAAGAACAACACCUAUACCGCUGCCACUGUCACGACCUUUGCCCCCAACAUCGCCAGGGAUCCUGGCUUGGCGACCAUCGCCAAAAGUGCACCUCCUCCCCCCACCGAGCCCAAAGAGGAGCCUAAGCCCAAACCGGCCGAAGCCAAGAAGACCUUCAACAGUGUGAGCAAGAUUGACCGCAUUGCUAGAAUAGCGUUUCCCCUGCUCUUCGGAACCUUCAACCUCGUCUACUGGGCCACCUACUUGAACAAAAAGCCCAAACUGCAAGGCGUGCUGCAGCCUCACUAAUCCGCGCUGGUCCUGCGCUUCUGCUUCUCUGUCUUUCACUCUCUGUUGUUCUUUCUUUCUCUCUCUUUUUGACUGUCUUUAAACAAAAUGAAAGUUAAGCAAAAAACAUAACGUGUCAGUUUCAGUCAGCAGUCCUCAUCUGGCUGUAAAAGACCUUACUAGUUAAACAAAAGAAAAAGAAUUAAAAACAACACAAAAAAUGUCAGAAAUAACAAUUCAUAUUUUUUUUAAUAUUCAUAAAUCACUUUUGACAUACGCUAUUCAAACAUAUAAACA